AUGGGUGAAUCCGACUUCGCCCAAUCCAGCUCUGCAGACCCUGAAUCGGAGCCUGACAACACAGCAUCGUUCGCUGUUAACUCACUCCGCACCCCACAACGGAACUUGUUGUUAUGCGACCUACAAGCCCCAACACCUCUUCUUCACAACAGCCACUCAGAAUUGCUGAAUGGGCAGCAAACAACAAUCGAGCUCGCCGAUUUCAAAGCGAACCUUCUUCAACAACGAGAGUGGAUCAUGGCGGAGCUCCAGAACAAGGCACACCCCACUGAUCCCUUUGAGACCUUCCAAAGUGCGGGUAACCAGGUCAAAGCAGACUUGAUUUUCACUCGUUCAGGUCAACCUUCCCACUCAGGCACAGGGACCUUCACCUCAGUCUGGCCCCUCGGCCUCAACCCAGGGACCUUCACCCCAGUCUGGCCCCUCGACCUCGACCCACGCGCGAUCGGAAACCAAACGGACACCUGGCCUCAACUCCAAAGAGCUUCCGCGUUGCCCAAAUUGGACGAUGACGUUUCAGGCACUGCCUCAAACCCCAAGAGGUCAAAGACCACGCAGGAAGACCCUCUGCCACCUCGUCACAAUCCCUCACGCACCGCGAAGAAUGUAGCAAACUCAAGGGUAUUAGCUCAAGCAGCCCCCCCACCUUCUGUUCACGAAGACGACGAGGACCUUGUGUUCAUACCCAUGAAGGCACCUGUCCCCGUCACGCCACCACCUCAGUACAGCGCAGCGCCUCAUACCCCGCGAGCUCGUGCAGAACUGGCUACCUACGCAGUCUCCAAUGCAAUUAUGGACUAUUGUCGAAACCACUCCAGGCUUCCCCUUAUGCGGCCGGACGACUCCGACCCCUUUUACCGCUUUUUCAACAAGCGGUUCUCUCAUCCCCCAAACAAUCAGCCUCUUGUCAUGUCCCUGUCUGAGAGCGUCAAAGCCGCUUGGGAUGAUGCGCUACCCGGUGCAACCUGGCCUGGGUAUGUACAAGCAGGAAUGGAUGCCUACAUUCUUUUUUUUAGGUGGUACACGGCCGUCAGAUCGGAUUCUCGUUGGCUCCCAUCCAACUCGAUGAACAUGAUUGACCGCCUUGAAGCCAUCAGGGAUGUAUUGCAGAGCAACUCCAUCCCAUUGGGAUCAGGCCCUUCUGUCCCUAUCUCAAAUCCGACCCCAAGUCCCUUUGUGACCUCGACUUUGACAUCAACUUCCGUGCUUUCCGCCGAUCCUUCCGUGCCUGCAACUUUGCCAUCAAAUCCUUCCGAGCCUGCGACUUUGACGUCAAAUCCUUCCGAGCCUGCGACUUCGACGUCAAAUCCUUCCGAGCCUGCGACUUCGACGGCAAGUACUUCCGUGACACAGUCGGUUCCUCGCGGCCCCACCCAAUUCCCGCUGACUUUGGAACUCGUUGUCUCAGCAAUUGAAACCCUUGCUUUGCACGACUCAAGUAUACCAUCUGGUGAACCGGACGGUGACUUUCAUGGAUUCUUCAGGCCCGCUUUUUCAGCUCCUGCGCCAGGUACUGUAUGGCCACAAUUGGAGGUGUAUUUGGACGCGAGGAUUGGCACAGAGGUCCUUGUGCAGACACUACGACACGGUCGCUAUGGCAUCGAUGGCCUUAUUCGCCACUGGCUUGUACGCUCUCGAGCCUCCCCAGGAUGGGACACUCAAUGUGACGAAGGUGUCGAAUCCAAGUUACAUGCAGUCUUGAAGGUUAUGGAUGGUGCUUGUCUACAAGAAUCCCAACCUUUUAUACGCGCACCUACGCCUGUUUUUCCAUCUCGACCUCCAACUCCUAGGCUGGCCAGUCCCUCAGAUCCUAUCCCUCCAGUCUCGUCUCGAGAACCAGAUUCUCAGCCCGAGAUUCCCCCAGCGCCUCUAUCUCAAGCUGUGCCAACUCCUCCAGUGUCCUCUCGAGUUCCAACUCCUCCAGCGCCUCUAUCUGUAGCUGGUUCUCGAUGUCCAACUCCUGGGCCUUCGGCUCUUCCAGCGGCUGCACCUCAAGUGCCCUCUCGAGUGCCAACUCCUCCAGCGGCUGCAGCUCAGGUUCCCUCUCGAGAUCCAACUCCUAGGCCUCUGACUCCUUCCGCGACUUCACCUCAAGUGUCCUCUCGAGUGCCAACUCCUCCAGCGUCUGCACCUCAAGCCUUUGGCUCUUCCAGCGGCUGCACCUCAAGUGCCCUCUCGAGCGCCAACUCCUCCAGCGGCUGCACCUCAAUGCCAACUCCUCCAGUGUCCUCUCGAGUUCCAACUCCUCCAGCGCCUCUAUCUGUAGCUGGUUCUCGAUGUCCAACUCCUGGGCCUUCGGCUCUUCCAGCGGCUGCACCUCAAGUGCCCUCUCGAGUGCCAACUCCUCCAGCGGCUGCAGCUCAGGUUCCCUCUCGAGAUCCAACUCCUAGGCCUCUGACUCCUUCCGCGACUUCACCUCAAGUGUCCUCUCGAGUGCCAACUCCUCCAGCGUCUGCACCUCAAGUUUCCUCUCGAGCUCCAACUCCUAGGCCUGCCAGUCCGGACGCAACUUUACCUGUUGAAGGCCUGUCAUCACCCAAGGAUCAGCCAUCCACCACAACCUUGUCAAGCACUGCACUGACAAAAGUGGUCAUUGAUCCUUCUUUGGCCCCUAUCGAGCUCCCUCCUCAACUAGAAACUUUAGGCGCGAGGGAAGAUCUUGCUACCAACAGCCCACCAGUUGUGCGCAAGAAGAAGCAACACGCUCUACCUAAAUCCCAGCCCUUUGUUGAAGAUUCUCCACACGUGGCGUCUGCACACGAGUCUGGCACAACAGAACCUCCGGCCAUCCCUCAAUCCAAUCCUCCUGAUAGUUCUACGGAUCUCCCCUCCUCUAAUGGUGCUGUGACUUCAAACUUGAAUACCACUUCGGCAAGCUCCUCAAAGCAACCACAGAUCACACCGAUUCCACCUGGAGGUGUUCCUAUUCCGGUCAACGCGGAUGUCCGCCAAAUCCCCACACCGUCUCCUCCCUCUGGCCUCUGGAAGGUGGACAAGCCCUCUCUAUUUGAAGUCACCUCUGCUUCAGUUCGCCGGAACCAAGUAGUCAGCGCGGACGUGCCGCAGAUUUAUGAAUCGAUACUGAACCUUCUCCUUCAACGCCGGGAAGGAGAGAGCUUCCCAGAGGGUGGGGCUGUCAUGGAAGUGGGUGAGUCUUUUGGGCCUAAGCCCAGCCUUGCCGUGCGAGACUGGAUUGCAAGGAAGCCCAACAUUUCACUCGUUCAAAGUGACGGUGAGGCACCAUGGCACCGGCCGGAUAUCUUUGAUCUUACGAUAACCGGCAAUUCCCUCCCUUCCACUCCUGAUGAUAAACGUCAUACAACCUUCACACGCAAUAUCCUUGCCAUUUUCUACAACAUUGGUUCAAAAAGGUUGGCUCAGGGUGUAAGAACCAUUGUUGCCGCAGUAACUUAUGCUUCAAUGGAUACUCCUGAGCUUACACUACCGCAGGACUUUUCUGAAGCCAACAUUCCAAAUCAAGCUGUUCGUUCAAGUCUUCUCGCGGCCCUCCACUUCCAAAAGCUACAGGAAGACCCCAAACGUAUCCUGAACAUCUCUGACUGUGUCAUCACCAUGUCACAUAUGGUGAACCGACUUUACUCUAUCUUGGAGGCAAUUGUAAGCGUGCGGGCUAAAUUCUUCCACACGAUGCAAGUUGUUUCAACAGCUCCUGCUGGCACCCACGAUCAUCUCAAUGCCGAGUAUGAGUGCCUGACUAAAAAACUUGGUGCUGGCACCAUUCCAAACCCAGUCAUUGGGGCGCUGACCGCUUUUAUUGUUGGUGGGGUCAAGGGACUCAUGACUUACCCCACUGACGCCAACAGAUAUGGUGCGGUGAAGCUUACACACUUCAUAGUCCUGGUUGACAAACUUCAAGGAGGAAAAAAGCUUGAAGAGCCCAUCUGGAAGUAUACCCAGAAGUAUAUUUUAGAUACUAUUGAAGAAGCGCUUUUCCCUCAAGGUUUUGAAAAGGCUCGGAGGGAUCUUGAUUCUGGUAUUUAUGAUGACUCAUGGGACCAUACUGACUUUUCCAAGAUGAACCUAGGCAAGGCAAUGGAGUUGGAAUUUUUUGCCUUCUGCACCAACAGGUCUCUCUUUCCAGGUGGUGACUCUUAUAAAGCUCCGCUGUUUGAACUACCUGAUAUACCAGCUGCCAAAGUUCCUGAAGUCACUGAAUGA